AAUUAGUGCAGGUGGGGAUCUCGGGAAGUACCUUGUUGAGCGGCCUCAAUUCGCCAGUGAGUGGGUGACUUUGGCCAAUUAUCUCUGCACAGGUCUUGAAGAGUAUAACACCAGCAGUAUAGCCAAAUUAAUAUAAAGGAAAAAAAACGUUCCUUUUGGGGCCCAAGUGAAAGCAGACCUUAUAAACUUGCAGUAAAUGGCUUUCCCUGGAGAAAUGUACAAACUGUUAACAGCUUUUGCAUCACUGUUCUUUAUGUUACCAGUAGCUGAAGCAAUGGACGAAGGAAAUACAAUUGCCUUGCUACUUGGAGUAGUGAUUACUGCAAUAGGAUUCUGUGCAUGUUUAGGAUACUAUGCAAGAAAGAGAGAUGGACUUCACUAAUAAUUUUCAAUAACAUGACAAAUUGAAACCGAUGACUUCAGCUUUUGGCUCAGAAUUAAUAAACAUAUAAUUUUUACAAUGCAUAAUAUUUUGUAUGUAGAAGAAUAGUACAACAUGUUUUUUUCAUAUGCUAAAACUAGCCAAAGUAAAACAACAACAACAAAAAGAAAGAUAUAAUAUGGGAGUUUUUUUUAUUGCCUGCUUUUUUCUUUUGCAUAUUAGAUUUCUUAGUUCUUUUCCUAACAUCGCAGUUCUUGCUGCUGUGUAUAUGGUAAGCUAUUCCUGAGAAUGCUCUGGUACUGUAUAUAAAAUUACUACCAUAUGAUACCAUAACAUUUUUUAGUGAGGAUGGGAGUGCUGCAGGUUUGUUAUUUUAUAAUGGCCAUGAGCAAGAGAUGUCAUUUUGUUAUAGAUAUUUGCCUUUAUUGUUGUAAAGAAUAUAAACAGAAUUUUUGCAUAUGAAAUAUAUUACUUUAUUUGUUGUUGUAGUAAAUUGCUUUUUAAUCUAUUUAAUAAAAAGCAGCUACAUU